GAAGCCCGGGGCGUACACAGUGUGGUGCUGGCGAUUAGAACAGCAGCAAGUGGUGGUGGUGUUAGAGCCAGGAGGUGGUGAGGGUUUCGUUCACAAACUUACAACAUGUGUGAGCUGACAGGGCUGAAGGCGACGGGAGUCGUGAUGGCCAUGUUUGCCACAUUGGUGUCUAUGGGUACCGAGGGAUUUUAUGCAUGGAAAGCUUACGAGGUGGACAAUGAGUGUAAUGUGACAAACGUAGACAAUGGCAUAGAUUACUACAACAUUGACGUCUGCUGGUUUGACGAGCUGGAGGUCCGCACCUACAUAGGCUUGGUGGAGGGUAUCCUGGGCAUCAUCGUCUCUGUCUGCCUCAUCAUCGGUUUUGCCAAUCCGUACCUGCCGCUGGUGUGGAUUUGGACAGUUUGGGCCUUGGGGAUAUCUGCUUACAACAGCUACUGCACCUACGACUACUACACCACCAUCCAGGAAGCCAAUGAUGACCCACUGUGGGACAUUGUGUGGGACGUGGACUAUGGACUGUUCUUCUUCGUUGCCAUGGUGUCUGUCUGUUGUCAAGUCUUUAUCCUCAUCUUCGUCUUACCCCUGGGAGUAGCCAUCUCCUGCAUGAUUUCCUCAAGCUCUUCUUCUAUGGGAGGUUUUGAGUGUAAGUAGUCAGUGCUUGUUGUUUUAUGACAUAUUGAUUAAUUCAUUCCAACACAAAUUUCCCAUAGAAAUUUGUGCGUACUGUACUGCAGUUGAUAUGUCAGAGACCACAAAUAUCAAAACCAGACUGAAUAUGAAUGAGUCCUCUCUUUCAACGGGCAUAAAGAUAUAUAAAAAAAAAGUUUCAUCUUAACGUUAUUUGAGCAGUUACACUGAGUUUCAAAUAGAGAUUGGACAGAUAUGUGAGUGCCUUACAUAGGACAGUAGGCCUACUGCAGUGUUCUUUAGUCUUAUGUUCUCAGGUGGUAUUGAUAGUGACAAGUUACCCAUGAUGCACAUUCAAAAAUAUUAUCAACUUACAUUGUGACCACCAUAACAGGGAACAAAUUAACACUGUAAUUUUGAUACUACCUUUGGAUAUUAAAUUCCUACUUCAGAGUAAGUCAAGAAGCUUGGUGUAUUUUUAAGUUAUGAGAAAUGCUUUUCCCAUGAACCUUUGAUAAUUUGGACCCAGUGACUUGGUUUGUACGGUUUAACAACAAAUUAAGCUUGUAAUGCAUUCAACAGA